GACCACUAAGUUAUGAAGCUCUUUCCUUCCAGACCUUCCCUGUUCUCCAGUUACUGUCACAGCCUAAGCUUUACCUGCUGCUGCUCUCCAAACCACCAUCUCUGCUCUCCCAACCACCAUCUCUGCUCAGCCUGGUACUAGCAGCUUGGCUCAGACUCACUUCAUCACAAAGAAGAAAAAAAGAGAAAGAGAGAGGGAGAACAGAAACCUCCCCAGCUGCCGUCCAGACACACAUGGUGCAUAGCUGCCAUUCUCUAGGCUCCAUCUAUCCCCGUGACUCGGCCUCCAGCUAGCUCCUGGCACACAAGGGAUAUAAAUAGGCAGCAUCCAGCUAGUUAGUGGAGUGUGCACUUGUUUCCUUUUUUCCCCGGGUCAUACACACGCCUAGUAGGGGUCACACCCAUUUGUUUUCUGUCUUCCCUCUGCCUGGAGCAGUGGUAGUUAGUGGUGGGACCGAGGAGAGAGUGACGAGGCAGAGACCAUGGAGGUCAAUAUGGAGUAUUGUCUUGCCCAGGUGGUGCAGAAAGACCUAGGGCGGAAGGUGCAGGUGGGACAGGAGCUCAUAGAUUACAUCGUGGAUAAGGAGAAGUCCCAGGACCUGGAGCAAGACCAGACAGCUCUGGACAGGAUGGUGGAUGGCAUCGCUACCACCUGGGUCAACUCCUCCAAUUUCAAGGUGGCUUUGCUAGGUAUAGACCUUUUAUCUGCCUUAGUGACAAGGUUACAGGACCGAUUUAGGAACCAUGUGGGAACAGUACUGGCCAGUCUGAUAGAUCGUCUGGGUGAUUCCAAAGACCAAGUCAGAGACCAAGAUCAAAUCCUGCUGCUGAAAAUCAUGGAGCAGGCUGCCUCCCCACAGUAUGUUUGGGACAGAAUGCUGGGAGGCUUCAAACACAAGAACAACAGGACCAGAGAGGGAGUGUGCCUUUGUCUCAUCUCAACUCUCAACAUGUACGGAGCCCAAGGCCUAACCCUCAGUAAAAUAGUCCCUCACAUAUGUAAUCUUCUAGGAGAUCCCACCAGUCAGGUGAGAGACGCAGCUAUGGGCUGCCUGGUGGAGAUCUACAGACACGUGGGGGAGAGGGUGAGGAUGGACCUUAGCAAGAAGGGCCUACCACAGUCACGGUUGAAUGUAAUCUUCAGCAGAUUUGAUGAAGUCCAAAGAUCUGGGAACAUGAUCCCAUCCUCAGGUUCAGAUAAGAACUUUGAUGAUGAGGACUCUGUGGACGGGGGUCGGUCCUCCUCCUCUGCAUCGUCCUCCAAGGCGCCCCCCAGUGGUAGGAGGGCUGUAGCUGCGGUUUCUGUCCGCAGGCCCAGCUCUGCCACCGGACCCGGCAAGAUCUCUGCUAAAGAUGCUGCUGCAGGUGCUGUUGAUGAGGAGGACUUCAUCAAGGCUUUUGAAGAGGUUCCUACUAUCCAGAUCCACUCCAACAGAGAUAUGGAGGACAAUCUCUCCAAGGUUCGGGAGGUUCUAUCUGACGACAAAAACGACUGGGAGCACAGAGUUGUCGCCCUGAAGAAGGUUCGUUCUCUGCUCCUGGCUGGAGCGCUGGAGUAUGAUAGUUUCCCUCAGCAGCUCCGUCUGCUGGAGGCCCCUCUGAAGCUGUCAGCUAAAGACCUGAGGUCCCAGGUGGUACGAGAGGCCUGCAUCACACUGGGAUACCUGUCCAUGUUGCUGGGCAACAAGUUUGACCACUGUGCAGAGACCCUGAUGCCCACACUGCUCAACCUGGUGCCCAACAGUGCCAAGGUGAUGGCCACGUCUGGCAUGGCAGCCAUACGUCUCAUCCUCAGGCACACACACUACUCACGUCUCAUCCCCAUCAUCACUAGUAACUGCACGUCCAAAUCAGUGGCCGUCAGAAGGCGCAGUUAUGAGUUCUUAGAGCUGUUAUUACUGGAGUGGCAGACACACACACUGGAGAGGCACGUGGCUGUUCUGACUGAAACCAUCAAGAAAGGGAUCCAUGAUGCUGACUCAGAGGCCAGAUCGGUCGCGAGAAAGUGUUAUUGGGGUUUCCAUGGCCACUACAGCCGGGAGGCGGAGCAUCUGUUCCAGGCCCUGGAGUCAACCUAUCAGAAGGCUCUGCAGUCUCACCUGAAGAGUUCUGACAGUGUCGUGUCUCUCCCCCAAUCAGACCGCUCAUCCUCCUCCUCACAGGAGAGCCUCAACCGGCCCCUGUCUGUCAAGAGUGCCAUAGGAGGCAGCAUGACAAGGGGUAAGAUGGUGAGUUCCAGGGUGAACUCCAACUCCGGCGGUUCUCUUCAGCGUUCCCGUAGUGAUAUCGACGUGAACGCCGCGGCCAGCGCCAAGUCACGCCUGAUCACCGUGCCCUCCGCUUCUCCCUUCAGCUCAGCAGCUGCCCUGCCCCCAGGCUCCUACGCCUCACUAGGCCGUGUGCGUACGAGGAGAACAAGCUCCGGCAAUGCCGUCGGAGCCAGCGCUACUGUGACUGACAGCAGGGGGCGCAGCCGAGCCAAAAUUAUGUCCCAGUCCCAGCGAUCCAGAUCUGCUAACCCCACUGGGGCUGGCAGUCGCUCCAGUUCCCCUGGCAAGCUGCUGGGCCACUCGUCUGGGUACGGGAGGAUCAGCAGGCCCCCCGCAACCUCCAGCACCCCUGCAGAUAAGAGGAGCAAGGUCCCCCGCAGCCAGGGCUGCAGUAGAGAUUCCUCGCCUAACAGACUGGGCCUAGCAAGGAGCCGUAUACCCCGGCCCAGCAUGAGUCAGGGCUGCAGCAGGGACACAUCUAGGGAAAGCAGCCGAGACACCAGCCCUGCUCGGGGCUUCAAGCCUCUUGACCGAUUUGGUUUGAUCCACCAGGCCCGCAUUUCUGCCUCGGUGAACGCCAUGAGAGUCCUCAACACUGGCACUGAGGUGGAGGCUGCUGUGGCUGACGCACUGCUAUUAGGAGACUCCAGAAAUAAGCGGAAGCCUAUGAGGCGGCGCUAUGAGUCUCCUGGUAUCUAUUCUGACGAUGACGCUAACAGUGAUGCGUCCAGCGCCUGCUCGGAACGGUCGUACGGCUCCCGAAACGGAGGUAUCCCUCACUACCUGCGUCAGACAGAGGAUGUGGCAGAGGUACUCAACCACUGUGCCAGCUCCAACUGGUCUGAGAGGAAGGAGGGACUGCUGGGACUGCAGAACCUGCUGAAGAGUCAAAGAAUACUCAGCCGGGUGGAGCUGAAGAGACUCUGUGAAAUCUUCACCAGAAUGUUUGCAGAUCCACACAGCAAGAGAGUGUUCAGUAUGUUUCUAGAGACUCUGGUAGACUUUAUCCUGGUGCACAGAGAGGACCUGCAGGACUGGCUGUUCGUCCUGCUCACCCAGCUACUGAAGAAGAUGGGUGCUGACCUGCUGGGGUCUGUCCAGGCCAAGGUUCAGAAGGCUCUGGACAUCACCAGGGAGUCUUUUCCGUUUGAGCAGCAGUUUAACAUCCUGAUGAGGUUCAUUGUGGAUCAGACACAGACACCCAACCUCAAGGUGAAGGUGGCCAUCCUGAAGUACAUAGAGUCACUGGGAAGACAGAUGGAUCCUACAGACUUUGUCAACUCCAGUGAAACGCGACUGGCUGUAUCUCGCAUCAUUACGUGGACCACAGAACCCAAGAGCUCUGACGUCAGGAAGGCGGCACAGGUGGUGCUGAUCUCUCUGUUUGAGCUGAACACCCCGGAGUUCACCAUGCUGCUGGGAGCCCUGCCCAAGACCUUCCAGGACGGGGCCACCAAGCUGCUCCACAACCACCUCAAGAACUCCAGCAACACCAGCAGCGUGAGUUCUCCCAGCAACACUAUUGGGCGGACCCCACCCCGCCACACCCCCAGCCGGACCAGCCCCCUCACCUCUCCGACCAACUGCUCCCACGGUGGGCUGUCUCCGAGUAUGUUGGAGUAUGACACAGAGAACAUGAACUCUGAUGAGAUCUACAGCUCCCUGCGAGGGGUCACAGAGGCCAUCCAGAGUUUCAGCUAUCGCAGCCAGGAGGACCUCAACGAACCAAGAGGGAAGAGGGACGAUGCUGUGGGGCGUGAAGGUGUGGCGUCCUCCCCAGGCUCAGAUGCCCGUUUGGGGCUGGAUGUGGUGGAGGGUGGGCGUACGGCCUUGGAUAACAAGACCUCCCUCCUCAACACUCCGUCUCCCCGCUCCUUCUCCGGGCCGCGGGCCAGGGAGUUCGCCCCCUACGGGUAUGGGGACACCAUCACCUCAUCCUACGACAAGAGUGCCCUAAAGGAGGCCGUGUUCGACGAUGACGUGGAACAGUUCAGAGACUGCUCCCAGGACCACUCAGACCUUGUGGCAGAUCUUCUGAAGGAGCUGUCCAAUCACAAUGAGCGUGUGGAUGAGCGUAAGGGGGCCUUGGUGGAGCUGCUGAAGAUCACACGAGAGGACAGCCUGGCCGUGUGGGACGAACACUUCAAGACCAUCCUCCUACUGCUUCUGGAGACACUGGGGGAUAAAGACCACACCAUCCGGGCCCUGGCUCUGCGGGUACUGAAGGAGAUCCUGAGAAACCAACCGGCCCGCUUCAAGAACUAUGCUGAACUCACCAUCAUGAAGACCCUGGAGGCACACAAAGACUCCCACAAGGAGGUGGUGCGGGCAGCGGAGGAGGCUGCCUCCACCCUAGCCGGCUCCAUCCACCCAGAGCAGUGUAUCAAGGUGCUGUGUCCUAUCGUCCAGACGGCUGACUACCCCAUCAACCUGGCUGCCAUCAAGAUGCAGACCAAGGUGAUAGAACGCAUCACCAAGGAGUCCCUCCACCAGCUGCUGCCUGAUAUCAUACCAGGACUACUGCAGGGCUAUGACAACACGGAGAGUAGUGUUCGCAAGGCCAGUGUGUUCUGUCUGGUGGCCAUCUACUCCGUGAUUGGAGAAGAGCUCAAACCACACCUGCAGCUACUCACAGGCAGCAAGAUGAAGCUGCUGAACUUGUACAUCAAGAGGGCCCAGACGACCAACAGCAACAGCAGCAGUUCCUCGGAUGUGUCCUCACACAGCUAGCUGUAGGAGGGAUCUGCCUGUCUGUACUUUGCAUCUAAAUGAGGGGAUAUAGGGUGUGUCCUAAAUGGCAUCCUAUUCCCUAUAUAGGCCACUACGUUUGGGCUCUGGUCAAAAG